UUACAUGAUUAUCAUCAUCUCAAAGUCUCAGUAACACACGUUAGGAUUGUAUUAUGGGAUCUGCAUUGCGGUCUGAACGUUUGAUUCAGUAGCAAAGAUUUCGCGUGGACUUUUAGUAAAGAACAAACACGUCCAGUUCUGUCAUUACUUCUCACUCUGGUGCAAUCAAGUCAACAAUGGAGCAAGAAUCCUGGUUAAGCUCUGAGAAGACUACUGUUCUGCAGGGAGGAUUUCUGCUAGCUAAUCAGUUAUGCCACCCUGAGUCUCUCUCUACUUUAAAGAAAAAUGACUGGACUCAUAUCGGAAAACCUAUUGUCCAAGCAGUCACUGAGAUAUGUGAACAGUUGUGUGUAAACAACCAGGACGGGCAUCAGUGGAGAAAGCGAGUUCUCUGUAUUUUAUGGAGCAAGAUCUUGGAGUAUAAAAACGAGGAGAACCUUGACAUCAGAUGGAGAGAAAACCCUCUUUUUGCUGUUCAGAAUAGCCUCCCCAGUAUUAAUCAUACUUUGAUGUUUGAGCUAAUCAAAUCAAUGGGCUUUUUUAGCAUCUACGUUGAGUUGCUUCAGUGCUUUGAACCAGACAGACAGUGCAAAGAGCUGGAAAGAUUAGUAAAGCAUGUGACAAGUGAAACCACUGAAGCAGAUGUUAAGUUCCUGCUGGAGGUGUGGUGGGAGCUGAUGAGGGGCAGGAGAGAAGCAGAAGACAACUGUGACCAAAUGUUUGCCGCUAAUUGUGUCCAUUUAAUACAGAGACCCCCAGACUGCUCAUCACAGGCCUCAAAACGGUUUAAACCAGACCCAGAUUUGGCUCUGUCCACAACGUGCAUUGUGUCCAUCCUAUUUCAAGCACUCAAGGACAUAAAAGAGAACAUAAAUUCAUCUGAGCUGUGUUUUUUUGCCCUCUCCAACUGCCUGGACAUGUUGUAUACUAACUUUCUUUUGGAUCAUCCAGUCAUCGUUCCAGUUGAAGUUAAACUACAAAACAUUGCCCAUGCAGUAAGCCUGCGAAAAAGAAAUAAUCUGUUGGAAGAAGUUGAACUUACUCAGGCAAUACUCGAGUCUCUGCGGGAUCUUUCCGCCAUACUCAGUCCUGCACAGUCCAAGCCAAGUGGAAUUACAUUAAUUCAAGCCAUGCAGACAGCACUUGAAAUAAUAUGUGCAUGGGACAUCAAGGGGUUAUUAAUAAUACCCACUAAUGACCAGAGUGCCUUAUUAAUUCGCCUUAAGGAUAGUCUGUGCCGAGUUCUUAAAUCCAUGAACCUGCCAACUUUGUUUGAAAACCUCAAUGAAAAUAAACAGACAAUCAAUAGUUUAAAAAAAACUUUGGAAGAUUUGCAAACUUUAUCUUUAUCUUUUACUGUGCCUACAUGCCCUGCAUCUGACAUGGCAAAAAUUGCUGUGGCCAUCAUGGAUGGCAGUCUAAAUGGGUUCCAGGAUCUUCCUAAACUGUGUGCUUCAAAUAUGAGCCACGUGUUUCAGGACACAGAGGAGUGGCUAAGCUGCAUUGAGAGAAACAAAAGUAAAUUUCAGCGAAAAGACCUUGUUAUGGCAUUGGUAGCUUCUCUUAUAACAAAAUUUCAGAGCAAUGCUAGUGUGAAUCAUUGUAAAAAGCUUAAGGAUAUAACAGUGGACAUCUUUUCACAGUUACCUUUACCUGAAAAGAAUGCAGCAAUUUCUGAUGUUCUUGCCAUGUCAAACAAAGGUUUGCAUGGUUUUCUUACUAGCCCUGUAAUAGCAGGCUUCGAUGAGGAGCUCAAUUUGGCCUUUAACUGCAUCAUUCAAAGUGAUGCAAAGAGCAGCCUGAGUUCAGCUGUAUUUGCUGUGGCUCGUGUGGCCUUCCAGAACCCUGAAGCUACCAUGCGCAGAUGCUGCCACAUGGCUGUCGUGAAUCUUGGAGCUCACACUCUCCUUGCUCAGAUCUUGCAGCAGCUGUCUGGCCUUAGUAGCUCAUUCAGAGACUGCACAGGAACAAUAAUCAAAGAACAGGACCUGCUGUGCAGAUGUCUGCAAGACACUGUGUGGAACAAACUCUCAUCACAUCAAGAAGAAGACCAGUUUCUUUGUUUUCUUACAGCAUUGAUGGAGCCCAACAUAUAUGGACAAAAUGGAGAAAAGCUAAGCUUCUUGCCACCAGAGAAAGCUGUGCGUGCAUUUGUCCUGCCUUACCUUUCCUCAAUAUCCCCCAAGGCUUGUAGCUUUGAAUUGUGCCUUCGACUUCUCCAGUCAGCUCUGGCACAUACAUCUGUAGAUAAUGCUACGCAGUGGAUAAUGAACUGCUCUCCAUUUGCUCUUCUUUACUGUCUUGCUCAGCUCCUGAAUAAUUGCAGUAGGUGCUGGGAGCAGCCAUUAGAGAGUGAAAUAGCUUUAUCUUUUGAGUCUAAAGAAUUGUUAAUCUCUGUUUUGACUGUACUGGGCAAGACAGUUGGUCAAGAAGUGGCUCUUGCCCCUGGUACUUGGUCCAGGGCUAUUUCUUGGCUCUAUGAAAAAGUCGAAGAACUUGACUGGACGGUCCGAUUUCACCUAAAGGUAGUUUGGGGAGAACAUUUUAAAUUCGAGGUGCCAAGCUCUCUCAUGGCUGUGUGUGAUCUUUCAGAGUGGGAGUGGUCUGCGUUGAUAUUACCACAGUAUGGACAAGGCACUGGCCUACUGGCUUGGAUCGAGUGUUGCUGUCUUUCAGAUCAUAUUCAGGACACAAUGCUGGACUCCCUGUCUCUAAACCUGCACAAUUCUGAGGAUGUCAGCAUGUUCAGCAAAGGUCUCUUGGUAGCAGUAACUCAGGUCCUUCCCUGGUGCACAGCUAGUGAAUGGGUGCGACUACUAAAAGUUUUGCAUGAGCUACUACAGUCAGAUAAACUUUAUGUGCCCUACUCCAUUGAAUAUGUGGACUAUCUCCCAUUACUUGAUCUAUAUUCUUUUGCUUGUGACCUGCGUAUGUCUGUGUUCCUGCUGCGCAUAUUUCAGCUGCUUUGUGGCUGCAGCUGUGCAGACUGGUUGCCUCUUCGAGCCUGGGCACAUGUAGGAAGGCUCUAUGCUACUGCUGUGAGGGGCAUCAUCAACUCAUUAAAGGACAAGGUGCCACUUCAGUCCACCACAACUUCACCUAAUAGUCCAACAGAAGGCACUAGGACCCAUAGCAAGGAGGUUCUGUUUGUAAUGACUCAGCUGUAUUGUCAUGUUCUUCAUGUGCAGGUGAUGAUCCCAGGACAGCCAGAGCCAUUAUUUCUGUGUGCACUCGACAUUUUGUCCCACUAUGAAGCAGUCUUGGCCGCAUAUCCCAAGAGUAGCACUGCCCUGCAGAUAGCCAAUACAAAGCACUUUCUUACCACCAUUACAGAUAAUCUGCAGUGCAGAGACAUGAAACAUGUCCUACACCAGAAGAUUGCUGGGCUAUAAAAACCAAAAGUUUGUAUAUAAAUGUGUAAAUAUGUUUUCACUUAAUAAAAAUGUAUUAGCACUUGCA